AUGCUUGGUACUAGUCGGCAGUACGUUUUAGAUGAUAUGUCAACAACAACGGCAACGGCAGCAACAGCCACACAGAAUUGGACAAUUUGUGGUGAUGUGAACUUGAAUUCUAUGAACACUAAAGGUAAUUUUAGCGCUGAAAGUACUGGAAGCAGUCGUGGGAGUAGCAGUAAUAGCAAUGAUAGUAAAUUCGAUUCACAUUCCAAUGGUAAUACAGUACCCGCAUAUACCGACGACCAGUAUACCCUACAAUCAUCAUCUAUCAACAAUACACCACCAGUCACCAGUAUUAUUAGCAUGACAAGUACAAAAUCUGUUGAAAUACUCACAAAUACAAGUACACAACUCGGUGGACCCGCAUAUUUUUUCAAUAAUACCACAACUACUAAUAAUAGUAAUAAUUCUUAUCAAAGUAACUCUGAUCACCUGGGUUCAGAGAAUUUCCCAAACAAUCGUCAAAUACGCUUGCCAUCAAUCCAGUCGGUGAAUCAUUUUGUCAAACAUGAGGAUUAUCAUCAAAAAAUCGAUCCUCAUGAGAACAAUGAUAUGUUGUUGUUAUGUAAUCCAGCUUAUACUACUUAUACAUAUACAUCAAAGAAUAUCAAUGAUAAUCUAUCGAUUGAUGAUACACCAUCAAAGAAAUCUGUCCCCUUUCUACCUCCUCUCACGGUUGCUCAUCAUAAUCAUCCGAGAAAUAACACCAGUGAUGAACAAUGCAAGAAGACAACAUACAAAGCGUAUAAAAGUGUUUAUGAUGACAGUGGUGCUACAAGUUCUACCAAUGGUAUUGAUUAUUUGCCUUCAAUUAAUCCAGAUUCUUGUUAUUUACUGAGUUACAAUCAUUAUCAUAAUCAUAAUCAGAUGAUGAUGAUGCAAUCAGAUCAAAGUGAACAAUGCUCACUGUCUACAUGUGGUACGGAGUUGAAUAGUCUCUCGGAGAACAAUCAUAAUAACAAUACUAAUACUACUACUACUACCAAUAGUAAUAAUAAUAAUACUGUCGAGAACACUAUUCACUGUAAUCCAUCUAAUGAGAAUUCAACCCCACAUACUCAACGUCAUUUAUGGGAUAUUAAAGAUAUGAAACUGCCUAAGGUUACAUAUUAUGAUCCAUACGAAUUAUGGCCUAGUGGACAUUGUCGUCGUGUCUACGCUCAGUCAUGUGAACGUGCACGUCGACAUCAAAGUGGUUGGGCAAUGCGAAAUACAAAUAAUCAUAAUCCACAAGUGCUCAAGAAAUCUUGUCUUGGUGUAUUAGAAUGUUCAAUGGGAUGUUUAGUACAAGGGAAACCGUUGAGCCUUCGUCCAGCGAUAUGUGAUAAGGCAAGGAAAAAACAAUGCAAUCGUGAAUGUAUUACUCCUGGUUGUAAAGGUCGUCUUGUAUUACGUAAUUGUCGUGGACAUAGUGGGUAUCCUGUUACACAUUUUUGGCGUUUUGCUAAUGGUGCUGUCUACUUUGAAGCAAAAGGUGAACAUGAUCAUAAUCGUCCAUCAUUGAAAACUUUCGGCUUGUCUGACACAGAUCAUCAAUACUCAUCGGCGAGUGCGAACACAACCACAGCAGCAGCACCACCACCACCAACAACAACAGCAAUGCCAGCAAUUACUACAGAUAUCAGAUUGACAAUAGCUUCAAUCAAAGAUGAAUUACAUAAUCCUACAAUUGUCAACAAUUAUCAUCAAGUCAAUGAACACCAACCGAAUGGUUAUUAUCAACAAACUUAUCAUUUAAAUUCAUUUACACUACCUCAUAGUGAUAUUAACCAAUCAGAUCAAAUGAAACAGUUGGCGGGAGAUUUAAAUUUCCCACCUGAAUUAAAUACACUUCAAAUGAAAUUACAUAACAAUAGUAAUAACAAUAAACGUUCAGUAGGUAAAUCAAUACGUCGUGAAAAGAAAACAUCAAAUGUUAACUUAAAGAAACAUCGAAAAUAUGAAGAUUUCUUGAAAUUUCCAUCAAAUGCUGAGUCUAUUUCAACAGUUGGAGACUUGAAAAAUACUCGAAAAAAUCAACCAACAAAAAAAUCAAUCCAUGGAAAUUCAAAAAUACCAAUUAACACGGUAGAUCAUACUCUAAGUGAACUGAAAGUGGCAACUGGAGAAGGAGAAUUCCAGAAGAAUUUAUCUUAUAAUACUAGUAGUGGAAAUAAUGUGACAUUUUAUCGAUUGGAUCCACUGGAGAACAGUGAUACUUCCAAUUGUAAUUUAUGGUGUAAUCAAAUAAUAUCCAGUGAUCAAGGAUAUUUCACAUCGACCCAGUUAGUAGAUCAUUAUAACAAGCAAGAGAAUAGUGGUGUUCAUUCAAGUGUGAGGAAUCAGAUCUACUUAGGGGAUUCUGUGUCUGUUACGCCACCGAUGCCACCGAUGCCACCACCCCUUCCUAUGCCAGUAAAUCCUCACAGUUCGAUGCCAACAUGGAAUUCUUCGACUGAAUUAGAAAGUUACCUACCAACGUCUAUAGUAAACACAACAACGACAACAACACCGACUGAUAUGUAUACCAACAACAUUAACAGCAAUAAUAAUGGGCCGGUAGGUUCCCCCAACUGGCCCUCAUCACCAUCUGUACUGUCCGCCUCUUCGUCAUCAUCCCUGUCGUCUUUCUGUGGUGCUCCCUCGUCAUCUACAUCGCUGCCUUUCUCGUCUUCAUUGUAUAAUCAAACUGCACCAAACUCUUUCGAUAUGCAUCCUGGUUAUCAUCAGAUUUCAUCGAAUUCACCGAAUUCCCUGAACUAUAAUCAUCAUUCUAUACACGAGGUGAAUUAUAUUCACUUAUAUUCUAUAGGUACCGAUCAAAGUACUAUGAACUGUUGUGAUAAUGACGAAUACACUCAGUCAACAGUUAAUCCAGGAUAUACUACUGAAUUUGAUCCGAUUACACACAGAAAUUCAAACACAUAUGAAACAGGAUCUGAAUGGUGUCAGCAGUCUGUUUAUUCUACACCUAGCCAUGAAGUCCCACGGUCGGUGACUAACACUCACGAAACCCAACUAAUGCCUGGCCCUAAUCCAUGUCAGAUGGAUUAUGAUAUUUGGACGACAACAACAAUUAAUGAGCCAACAACAACACCUGUACAUCAACCAUCUACAGCUUACACUGUACACUAUCCGAUAAAUGAUCUAUCAAUGGAGAUUUUCGAUUCGAGCAGUAAUCAUUAUCGUGAACACCAGGAUCAGCCACAACAACAUCCACAAGUUCAAUACUUUAAUACUUAUGAAAUUUUUGAUAACAGUCAACAUCAAUUGAUCGCUAAUGAACAAUUCACUGAUAAAUCUACUGAUUAUAUUGAUUUUGUUUUAAAUUCAAGUAUGAAUCAAUCAACUCCAGUAGGAAAUUGUUGUUUAAAUCAAUCAAAUUAUCAAAUUCAACCGAAAAUGAUUGGUCACUUUGGUGAUGGUGAUGAUGACGGUGGUGAUGACCUUGACGCUGAACAAACCAAUGAAAAAAGGAAUUUAUCAAUACAUUCAGCCAAUAAUAAUAAUUGGUCAAAUCAAUGUUUAUCGCAUCCAUCCUUGCUAUCAGAAAUCGAUAGGAAUGAAGAGAAUCUUGUAGAAAGGAGAGAGGAGAAUGAAAAGCCUUCAGAGAUUAUGAUGCAUCCUAAUAAUAGCCACAGUAUUACUAGCAGUAGUAAUAGUAGUAUUGGGAGUAUGAACUCUCAAAGUUAUGAAUUUAACGAGCUAGGAAGUCAUCUCUAUCCUCAGAAUAUCUACCAACCAAUGAGUGUAACACAGUUUAGCUUAAAGAACACCUCAUUAUCCAGUAGUAAUAACAACAAUAGUAGUACUCAUACAAAUCAACCGGUGACUAUUGAUUAUUGGAUAUCGUCAGAAUGA